UAUAUAUAUAUAUGACAGUACGUAUACGUGAGGCCAGCAAGAACUUCUUCACUCUGUGUUUGUGUCUGCGAAAUGGAGCAUAAUUCCAAGCAGCCACUUCUUGAACACACUGAGAAUGAAGAUCAAGAACCAGAGAUCAUUUCCAGCCAAAAGUAUCUAGCCCAGAUACUAUCAAAUCAUUCCUUUUUCUCAUCCUUCGUCAUCGGCGACGACGACAUUCCUCCCAUCACCAGUGUAGGCGGCUUCUUCUCGGCGUUCCAGGCGGAGUCCAGCAAGCUAUGGUAUUUGGCCGGCCCCGCCAUCUUGACCUCCAUUUUCCAGUACUCCCUUGGCGCCAUCACUCAGACCUUCGCCGGCCAUGUCGGAACCCUAGACCUCGCCGCCUUCUCCCUCGAGAACAAUAUCAUUGCCGGUUUAUGCUUCGGCGUCAUGAUGGGAAUGGGAAGUGCACUGGAGACACUCUGCGGGCAGGCGUACGGGGCCGGGCAGAUCAACAUGCUCGGCGUCUAUAUGCAGAGAUCCUGGGUUAUUCUUGUAUCCACCAGUUUUCUAUUAAUGUUUAUGUACAUAUUCGCGGAACCGUUGUUGCUGCUACUCGGGCAGGCGGAGGAUAUAUCUAAGGCCGCCGGGAAAUUUUCGCUGUGGAUGAUCCCUCAGCUGUACGCCUACGCGCUGAACUUCCCGAUCGCCAAGUUCUUGCAAGCUCAGAGCAACAUCAUGGCAAUGGCCUGGAUUUCCGCGGUGGCGCUGGGGUUGCAUAUUCUGUUCAGCUGGCUGCUGAUGCUGAAACUCGGGUGGGGAAUGAUCGGCGCCGCCGUGGUGCUGAACUCUUCGUGGUGGUUCCUGGUGGUGGCGCAGCUGCUUUUCAUAUUCAGCGGGGCUUGUGGAGAAGCCUGGACGGGGUUUUCCUGGAAGGCAUUUCAGAAUCUAUGGGGCUUUGUCAGAUUAUCGGUUGCAUCAGCAGUGAUGCUCUGCUUAGAGGUAUGGUACUAUACGGCCCUAAUCCUCUUUGCUGGAUAUUUGAAGAACGCAGAAGUUGCUGUUGAUGCUCUCUCAAUAUGCAUAAACGUACUAGCUUGGACGGUUACGGUAGCGCUUGGAUUUAAUGCAGCAGUAAGCGUAAGAGUGUCGAACGAACUAGGAGCAGGUCAUCCAAGAAGUGCAAAAUUCUCAAUGGUGGUGGUGGUGAUAUCAUCGUCCUUGAUAGCACUUUUGAUUUCAAUUAUCAUUCUCAUAUUCCAAGAUCACUAUCCUUCCAUUUUCUCAAAGAGUUCAGAAGUCCAACAAAUCGUAUCUGACCUCACACCAUUGCUUGCAUUCUGCAUUCUCCUCAACAAUAUUCAACCAGCUCUAUCAGGAGUGGCUAUUGGGGCUGGAUGGCAAACUGUGGUUGCCUAUGUGAAUAUUGCAUGCUACUACUUGUUUGGUGUUCCUAUGGGUGUAAUAAUGGGCUACAAACUUAAAUGGGGCGUACAAGGUAUAUGGUGCGGAAUGAUAUUGGGGACAGUUGUUCAGACACUCAUUCUCUUUUGGAUUACUUACAGAACUAAUUGGAAGAAAGAGGCUUCUAUCGCGGUGAAAAGGAUCAAAAAGUGGGGAGGGGAACCAUUUGUUAAAGAAAACGACCUGGAGAAGUAAUCUUUACACAAAAAUUUCUAAAGUGCCCCACCCCAACACACACAGCAAAGAUUUACCGGUGUUGAAGAACUUUUCUUCCGCCCCCCCGCCCCCCCCUCUUUAUGACAUAAAAUGGGCUGGAGUUUUGAUUAGUGAGACUUGAAGCUCAGGUGGUCUGAAUCUCAAUACUUUUUAUGUGUAGUAAGUUUUUUCUUUUUCAAGAUGCACAAUCUUCCAAAACUUUGCCAGUCAGGAAUUACUUCUUUUUCCUUAGGGUAAAUUACAUUCUUUGGGAUUCAGCAUAUAUAUAGCAAAUAUUUACCCAUUAUUUGG